CUCGUAGAAAUAUUAACUAUGACGAUACAUUUUACAUGGAAUCCAACUUGGAGGAAAAAGAAAUGUUAGUACUAAAUGACCCUCAAGCUGUGCAUAACGAUAUUCUUAAACCUCGAAGUAAUUACAAGUGGGCAAUAAAUAAUAAAGUUCCUAAAAAUGGCCAAAAAAACAAGGUGAAAGAAACCGAGUUUAAAGUAACUGAAACUGGUGAAUUCCAUUGUCUUCAAUGUGAAUUUGGUGUCACUACGGGGAUACAGCGUAGGCACAAGAUGGUUCAACAUAUUCUCAGUGAACACCGUGACGUGAAACAGUUGUACCAGUGUCCCUAUUGCCCCUUCAAAAGCGCAUGGUGUUUAGACCGUCACAUUUUGUCUAAACAUACCAGUGAGAAAGAUACUAAUUGGAUUAAGUGUGAUAAGUGUGAUUAUAAAUGCAAGGCGCAAUAUGAAUUGAACAGACAUUCGACAGUUCAUUACAAUAAUGGAGAUUUGCCACAGAUAGAAUUAUUGGAAAAACACAAGUGUACUAUAUGCGAGAAAGGUUUUAAAGCUGCCAGUAAUCUGAGAAAGCACAUCCAACAAAUUCAUAAGAAACAAAAACCCAAGCUUCAUUGUGAUCAUUGCGACUACACAGCACCUCUAAAUACUAUGUUGAAACGCCACAUUGAAGUAAUACAUACUGAUUCUAAACAUCUCAAAAUUCAUCGUUGCCAAAAAUGCAGUUACGAAACCAAAUUUAUUCAUCGUUUGAACCUACAUAUGAAAGCUCAACAUUCAACUCCAGUAGUUUGUGAAAUCUGUGGAUAUAUAUCCCAUUCAGCAGACAGGUUGAGGCUUCAUCAAAUAACUCAUCAAAAAAAGAUUGAUGAAAAAGAAUUGAAAUAUCGAUGCCAUAAAUGCGAUUAUAAAACCUACCGGUUGUAUAGUUUCAAGGUUCAUAAAUUAAACCAUUUAAAACCCAGUCAAAUCAAAUAUUUCUAUUGUUUCCAUUGCGAUUUCAAAGCAAAGCGCAAAGAUAAUCUGAAAACUCACGUGUUGAGACACUUUAAAAAGGAAGAGGUGACCCUAAAGUGCUACUUAUGUGAGUUUUCAACGAAAAAAAGACAAUUGUUAACUGAUCAUCUUAGCAUGAAGCACACAAAUAAAAAUCAAUAA